AACGCAACAAUACCUAUACGUUAGUGUAAUCAUCGACCACCAGGGCGGGAGUUCUUAUCUGGCAGGCAAGGUAGCACCCAGUGUAUUUGUUUGAAGUGGGUAAGAGAGUAGAGUGCAAAGUUAAAUUUGCCCCUGCGUCUAAGGUCCACUCCAUAGAGGCGUAUUAGAGAUCGUGUAGUCAAUGAGAGAUUGACAUAAUAUUGAGGUUACAGAUACCACUGAGAUAAUAUGACCGAAGUAGACGCAAGAGAUGAAAAGUACAAGAAUGGAGAACAUAAACAACGUAUAAAAUGGGUUAAUGUCAUCAGCAUCGGUUUAUUUCAUUUGCCGGCACUAUACGCACUGUUCAUUUUACAUCGGCUCAACUGGAAGACCUUUGUGUGGAGUUUGUUAGUCAUUCUUACUGCAGGUUUCGGUAUUACCGGAGGCGUGCACCGUCUAUGGACCCAUCGUUCAUACAAAGCCAAGUGGCCACUCAGAGUCAUCCUCGCUUUGUGCUUUUCUGUGGCAGGCCAGAAUACGAUAUUCGAUUGGGUGCGUGAUCACCGGGUGCACCAUAAGUUCAGCGAAACAGACGCCGAUCCUCACAAUUCGAAACGAGGUUUUUUCUUCGCUCACGUCGGAUGGCUCAUGCAGACGAAACAUCCUGACGUACUGAAGUAUGGGAAGAUGAUCGACAUGAGGGACGUCGUGGAGGACCCCGUGGUCGCCUUCCAUCAAAAAUUUUUCAUACCUCUGAAGAUUAUGUUGUGCUUCGUUCUGCCCGUACUGGUACCCCCUUUGAUGUGGGGCGAAACAUGGCAGUACUCCAUUCUCGCAGCGGGGUUCCUGCGCUACAUGGUUGGGCUCAACUCCACAUGGGCGGUGAACAGCGCAGCCCAUAUCUGGGGCAACAAGCCCUACAACAGGGGCAUUAGUCCUGCCGAAAAUGUUUCGGUGGCCAUAAUGUCUAUGGGUGAGGGGUGGCACAACUAUCAUCACGUUUUUCCGUGGGACUACAAAGCAGCCGAACUGGGGAAUUACACAUUCAACUUCACCACAGCUCUCAUAGACCUGUUUUCGAUUGUGGGCUGGGCAUAUGACCUCAGGGUACCAACAGCCGACAUGGUCCGUCGUACAGUGGAAAGUAAGGGCGAUGGGUCUCACCCGCAUUGGGAAAGCAGGCAGGACGAUGCAGUGAAGAGUGAAUGAAUUCCGGACCCAAUGACUAAAGUCAAUUCAAAACAGAGAUGCCACUGAGGCACAGAACUGAAAACAGUUUUGUUCAAAUACUUUGAUAUUUAGCCUGUAUGCAAACAUACAGACGCAAUUUCUUUACGCUUAUGCUAGGUUGAGGGAAUUGUUUACAAAUGAGAAAUUAAAAAAAUCAGUCGUCCUAUUAUCAUUAACAUAGCUGAAUUUCUCAUGUAAUCUGCUUUUAUACAGCGUAAUGUAACUCCAUGUGAUUGCAGGGCUAAUUAUGUUGUAUGAAGAAAACAGUGAAUAAACUAUCCAGAUAAACAAUGAAUUAACUUUAGCUACAGAAUACGAAGGUUCAUCACAUUCAUGACAAAAUUCCAUAAUUCUAUCACGCUUUUGUUAUUGUCUACUAUCUACAGUGCAUUAUUAUACGAUAAAACACACAGAAACAAACAUUCUUCAAGACAUGUGGAUUGCUACGUUCUGGGUUGUGACGUCGCGUAGUCUUUUAGUUCCUUACCAAAAAUUUGGAGAAACUGUAGCUUUCAUUUUCUUGUUAGAAGUGACAUUGUUGACUACCUACAUACUAUGAGGCGUCACAGCCCGGAAGACAAUUUUACAGUCGUGAAACCUGAAAUGUCAUAUUCCUUUUAGACAUUUCGAUAAAGAUAUGACUGUAAUGCAGUGCUGGUGUCUGACGCCAUCGACAAUUCUAAUUCAAGAGAGAAGAAUUGUAUACUUUUGAAGUAAGCUGCAAGGAGUGGACUUAUUUGAAAAUAAACAUGAAA